UGUUAAGAAGAGCCCAGCCAGCCACCGAACCCAGGCCCGACCCGCACUGUGACGCAUUUUCCUCCGCCACUCGGCACGGCAGGAAGAGCCUCGGCGCCCGGCACCAACUACGCCCCACCCGGCCGCAGCCCUCCGCGGCGGCCACACCGCGGCCGAGGCCGCCCUUCCCUUUUAUCGUGCUACGCGAUAAGGAAAGAAAAAAUAAAACACACGUUUGAAAGAAUAAAUAUUUUUUAGGCGCCCGCAGAACGCUGUGUAAGGCCGCGGUGCUCCUCUGGCCGCGCCCGGCACACCAGGAGGGCCUAGGCCCAUCGGCCGCCGGGCCUCCCCGCCCCGCAGGCCCAUCGUCAGGCGGCGGCUCCGAGGCCCCCCAGAAAGAGAAGCCGGGCCCCAGUCCCGGUGCGGAGUAGAUAAGUUUGCGCUCCCUCCCACCACCGACAACCCCCACACCUCGGCCUCGCUCACCGCAGUCUCCCGUUCCCCCCCUCCCCACCCCGCUCCCGACACUAACGUCUCUCCGCUCGGCGUCGCCAUAAGCAGCAACGCGAGCCCUGCUUCCGCCCUGAGAGGACCUCCCGGGCAGGCUGCCCCGCGUCGCGCCUGACCCGCGGACCCCGCGCCCCCGCCACCCCCACAGCGUGUCCCUCUCCCUGGCGGUCGGCGGAGGCCGCAAGCUGUCUUCAGAGAGAACACUCUCGGCCAUCAGCCGCGGUCUCAGCUCAGCUCGGGGUGCACCGGCGCAGCCACAGGCAGUGCACGGGACGGGCGGCGGAGGAGGGCGGCAGGGCCCCAAGCUGGCGCCCAGCGUGACGAGAAGGAUGGAGCUAGUGGCGGGCUGCUACGAGCAGGUUCUUUUCGGGUUCGCGACGCGGCCCGCCGAGCCCUGGUCGGUUGUGCCUGAUUUUACACAUCAUGCCCACUCUGCCUCAUUGUCAGCAGUAGCAGUGAAUAACAGAUACGUGGUCACUGGGAGCAGAGAUGAGACAAUCCAAAUCUAUGACAUGAAAAAGAAGAUAGAACAUGGGGCAUUGCUGCAGCACAAUGGCACAAUAACUUGUUUGGAAUUCUAUGGUACUGCACAUCUAUUGAGUGGGGCUGAAGAUGGACUGAUUUGUAUCUGGAAUACAAAGAGAUGGGAAUGCCUAAAAUCCAUGAAGGCACAUAAAGGGCACGUGACAUCUCUUUCUAUUCAUCCUUCUGGGAAAUUAGCUUUGUCAGUAGGAACAGAUAAAACACUAAGAACUUGGAAUCUUGUAGAAGGACGAUCAGCCUUUAUCAAAAACCUGAAGCAAAAUGCCCACAUAAUUAAAUGGUCCCCUGAUGGAGAGAGGUAUGUGACUGUGAUAACAAAUAAAGUGGAUAUCUACAAACUUGACACAGCUUCAGUCAUCGGCACUAUCACCACAGAGAAGAGGAUUUCUUCACUUAGAUUCAUUACAGAUUCUAUUAUUGCCAUAGCUGGAGAUGAUGAAAUUGUAAGGUUCUACAGCUGUGACUCUCAAAAAUGCCUAUGUGAAUUUAAAGCUCAUGAGAACAGAAUAAAAGAUAUCUUUAGUUUUGAAAGAGAAGGAAAACAUGUUAUUGUUACUGCCUCCAGUGAUGGUUACAUUAAAAUGUGGAAUCUGGAUCUCAAUAAGAUUGAAGAUGAGCCAUCUUUACUGUGUGAAGUCAACACCAAAGCUAGGCUGACAUGUCUUGCAGUAUGGCUUGACCAGGCUUCAGAAGUGAAAGAAAAUUCUGAUAGAGAUGUAACAUCAUCUCAAGCAAAUGAAGAUGAAAUAUCACUAAUAGUUGGGAAAAACAAAGUUUCUUGGCCUGACAAAAGCAAUAAAGCAGGAAAAAGAAAAAUAACUCCAGAGAAACAAAAAUUGGAAGUUCCACUGCAAAAGAAGAAGAAAAAACAGAAUUAGUUCAUGCAGAAGGCAGAUUCUUUCCCUCCUGAAUAAACAAGUAAAUGCUGCUGAUGUUGUAGUUUUUAUAAGGAUGUGAGCUUCUGACAAGACAUGCUCCUGAACUGAUGCCUUUUUUAAAAGUAAUGGAUGUUUUCACUCUCGUAAUCUGAAUGAACACUCUGGGAAAAUUGCCAAUUUCAUACAGUUUUUAACUUGCUCUGAAAAAGCCAGGUAGAGUGAUAAAAAUAGCUGCAAGUGUCUCAGUUACAUUUUUGUCUGGCUUAAAUGCAUUUUAAAAAGGCAUGCACUUUAGCAUUUUAUGGUUGGAAGAGUUACCGUUCAUUUGACUCAAAAAUAUGAUCUGCCCUUCUCAUGCAUUACUUUUCCUGCUGUAAGAAGGAACAUGUUAAAGUUACUUUAAAUAUGGUAACCAUAUUCCAUUUAUACAUGCACACCAAAUCACACUUUCUAGUUCUUGACAUAGACUCACACAUAGAAUUUAUAAGAAGAAUGUUUGGGUUUUUUUUACUGUGCCCAUAUUUAAGGCAUUCAGUUUUCUUGAAAGUCUUUGCACCUGUGGUUCACAUCCAGAAUAUGAUACAUAUUUUUAAGUGGAAGAUUUGUAUGUCUUCCUCCUUCCCACAGUAUUUUUUUCAAGUCCUUAAUCUAAGCUGUAUUGAUAAAAAAUAAAGUAACAUUUGAAAUGUUUGUAAUGCUGAUAAAA